UCUCUACCUAUGACUCAGACGGAUACAAGCAAACCUGUUGAGUGGAACAUCAACCCAAAGCACAAACAGCUCGUGCACGAACACACACGUGAAGUCCUCGAGGGUGAGUGUCAUGCCAAUGGCACCAGGACCAAGCUGCUGGCGCUGCUUCCAGCUUCAGGUCGCUCCACUCAGCCCUUCCUAUGGAGAGAUGGGCCGCUCCCCGAUGACCUGUUCUUGUACCCACCGCCGUUUGGGCUCAGAGGUCUUCAAGGAAAAGUAAAGGACCUGCUGCAGCUGCUUCCAGCCUCUGAUUCCAGCUCGCUGCCAUGGUCAACAGCGGGGAAAUGCUACCGCUGUGUCGUGAUGGGAAACGGAGGCAUCCUCAAAGGCUUACAGCUGGGCCCUCUGAUCGACCGAUUUGACGUGGUCAUCAGGUUGAAUAGUGGCCCUUUAGGAGAGUUCACUGACGACGUCGGACAGCGCACCAGCAUCAGAAUGAGUUACCCAGAGGGUACGCCACUCCACUGGGCCGACUUGGACCCAAACGCCCUUUUUGUUGCGGUGGCGUAUAAGGGAGGAGACCUCAGCUGGACCUCUGCUAUGAUUAAGAAGAUCCCUGUGCCUCUGCUGGACUGGCUCUUCUUCUGGCAGAAGGUUCCAAGUGAAAUCCCUCUGGAGCCCCAGAUGUUCAGGCUUCUGAACCCCCGCGUCAUCAGAGAGACUGCAUUAGACCUCCUGAAAUACCCCGAACCCAGACCACGCCUGUGGGGAUGGGACCAGAACAUUCCAACCCUGGGUGUCACUGCUCUGAAUCUAGCCAGCCUGCUGUGCGAUGAGGUCAGCUUGGCAGGCUUCGGCUACAGCCUGUCUCAUCGGGAUGUGCCGUUGCACUACUACGACCACCUGCCGACAAGUGUGAUGCAGCAGCAGAAGAUGCACAACGUGGACAGAGAGACUGAGUUUCUUCAGAAACUCGUGAGAGAGGGAGCCAUAACUGACCUGACGGGGGGCAUAAACUGCCUCUUCUGCCCCAGAUGA